CUGCUGUUGCCGCGCCAAUGGCCGCGGUGGUCCGGACCACCGGGGGCUAUCGCGUCGACGGUCCGGCAAGUGCGCGUGUCGUCACUGGUGGCACUACAAGUUGCGAAUUUGGAUACGGGCGGCUGUGGAAAAAGCCGCCAGCAUCUCCUGAUGGAUACGAAGCGUGCCGGCUGGUACGGAUACCGGUCAUCUCUGCUGAUCUGUGGAGGAAGGAUCGAUGCUUCGUUGCCCUUGUUCACCAUGAUUGUGUCUGUGCGAAGCGAAGAUAUCACGACUCCUCGCGUUUUGAAAACUAGCGAGUUAGAGGCGCGUCUGGUGCCGCCAGGUGACCGCAGAUGCGGGCGUUUCCGUCUGCAGCUCCCACUGCGGACAGUGAAGUCUGCGCGCUGA